AUGUCUUUUCGACUUUCUAGUGGAUCCAGGCAGAUCUGCUCGCGAGCUGCCUCUGUUAGGCUGUCCAGUGGAGGAACGGGCUUUGUGGCUGGGAAUGUGUGCGUUGGGUCCCCAGGAGCAGGGAGAGGCUUUUCUUGUACUCUUGGGAACAUUUCUUCGGGAGGAAGCUUCUGCAGUGGUGGUGGAGGGUCGGGAAGUGCUGGUUUUCUUGCCAAUGAGCACGGGCUCCUGUCAGGGAAUGAAAAGGUGACCAUGCAGAACCUCAAUGACCGCCUGGCAUCCUACCUGGACCAUGUGCACGCUCUGGAGGAGGCCAACACAGAGCUAGAGCAGAAGAUCAAGGGCUGGUAUGAGAAAUGUGGACCCGGUUCCCGCCGGGGACACGAUCAUGAUCAUUAUAGACACUUCUCAAUCAUCGAAGAUCUUAAAAGGCAGAUCAUCUCCACGACCACCUGUAAUGCCAGUAUUAUUCUACAAAAUGACAAUGCCCGACUGACCUCUGAGGACUUCAAGCUGAAGUAUGAAAACGAGCUUGCUCUGCGCCAGAGUGUUGAGGCCGACACCAGCAAUCUUCGCAGAGUGUUGGAUGAACUGACGCUUUGUACAACUGACUUGGAGAUACAAUGGGAGACCCUCAGUGAGGAACUGACAUACCUCAAAAAAAAUCAUCAGGAGGAAAUGGAAGUCCUGCAAUGUACAGCUGGGGGGAACGUGAACGUGGAGAUGAAAGCAGCCCCGGGGGUGGAACUUACUGUCCUGUUGAACAACAUGAGGGCUGAGUAUGAGGACUUGGCUGAGCAGAACUGCAAAGACGCCGAAGCCUGGUUCAAUGAGAGGAGCGCAACACUGCAACAGCAGAUUUCUGAUGACGAAGGAGCAGUCACAGCAGCCAGAAAUGAGCUCACAGAACUUAAACGCAAUCUACAAACCCUGGAAAUAGAACUUCAGUCCCUCACGGCUGUGAAACAAUCCUAUGAGUGCUCCCUGGCUGAGAUGGAAGGAAAUUACUGCGAUCAACUGCAGCAGAUUCAGGAUCAGAUCGGGGCAAAGGAGGAUCAACUCCAACAGAUUCGAACGGAAACAGAAGGCCAGAAGCUGGAGUAUGAACAGCUUCUUGACAUCAAAAUAUAUUUGGAAAAAGAAAUUGAAAUUUAUUGCAACUUAAUAGAUGGAGAAGAAAGAAAAUGCAAAUCCAAGGGUUAUAAAUCAAAAGGAUGCAAGCCUACAAAUUCUGGAAAUCAAGUCCAAGACUCAACCGAAGAAACGGUCGUCAAAGCAGUGGUGGAGGAACUAGAUCAACUCGGCAAUGUCCUUUCACUGAGAGUCCACUCAGUUGAAGAGAAAUCCUCUAAAAUAAGCAACAUUACAGUGGAACAACGUGUCCCUUCUAAAGCACCAUAA